GUACUCAAAUUCUGUCUGUUGUCUAGUAUGUUUGUUUGCUUUAAGUUUUUGGAAAACAAUAAGUUAUGUGUUUUAAACGCACAUUAUCUACUAUCUUUCAAAUGAGGGUAGUAUUGUAAGUUUUUGUAAAUAUUUCGUUGACUUUUGAUUAACAAUUAAAAUGGCUAUGGCUUCGCUUACUCUUGCGGAUUACGAUAAAAUGAUCCGUUCACUAAGAGUUUCAGACCUACAAACUCUCUUACAUUUUGCUGGACGAAAUAAAAUGGGAAAGAAAAAUGAAUUGCAACAGCGAGCUCUUGAAUUGCUCAAACUGCGUUCUGAAUCAAUUUUAGCUAAAAUUAGAGAAAUUCAUGCUUAUAAAUUUUCCACUCCUCGAGGACAUACGGACUUAGAUAUACACCCAUUAGGCACUGUAAAUGAGUCUUCUGCUCCAAGUUAUGUUUCUCGACAUCAAUCUACUUAUCCUAUGAACAAUCGGUCUAUGUCUAGUCGCAGUGGUAUGAUUUCAAACCGUAAUCCUAUGUCAGGCCGUGGACCUAUGCUUACACCCAUGGCCGACAUGAUGCCUCCUUCAAAAAUCUUACCUCCAAAUCUUAGUGGAGCCAUGGAUAUGUACAAUCAGUAUCCUCUAAGUCCAGACUUGAAAUUCAAAGAAUUACCAUUUUAUGAUAUAUUAGCUAAUCUCAUCAGACCAACUAGUUUGAUUGUUUUACACCAUGAAAAAUAUCGAGAAAGAGAAUAUUCGUUCUGUUUUACUCCUAUACAGCUCAGCCAGCUAGAUCGAAAUCCUGAUGUUCAAGUUCAAAUGCGCAUGUGUGCUUUAGAUGUAACCUCUGAACAGGAUGAUGAAAUUCCGCCAAGUAUAUGUGUUCGAGUUAAUAAUAGAUUAGUUACAUUGCCUACUCCUAUUCCAACUAAUAGACCCGGAGUUGAACCAAAACGACCAAAGAGGCCAAUUGAUAUUACUACGUUAAUUAAGAGAUCUGAUACUGAAAAUAACAUAAUUAAUAUUUCUUGGGCAGCAAGCAAUGGCAAACCCAAUGUGUUUGCGAUUAAUUUAGUUCAAAGAUUAUCUUCAACAACUCUAAUCAAACGUUUAAAAGAUAAUGGAGUGCGUAAUCCAGAUCACACAACUGCUUUAAUAAAAGAAAAGUUGUGCCAGGAUCGAGACUCCGAAAUUGCUACAAUGAGUUUGAGGGGCUCUUUGAUGUGCCCUCUGGGCAAAAUUAAGAUGCGGCUUCCAUGCCGGGCCCUUACUUGUGCCCAUUUGCAAUGUUUUGAUGCAACUCUCUAUUUGCAAAUGAAUGAGAAAAAGCCAAAGUGGAUUUGUCCAGUUUGUGAUAAACCGGCAAAUUUUAAAGAUUUAGCCAUAGAUGGGCUUUUUCUGGAUAUUAUAUCCAGAGCCCCUGAAGAAUGUAACGAAGUACAGUUUCAUGAAAAUGGUUCUUGGACCCCUGUUAUGCCAAUAGUAAAGAAAACUCCUCCAAUCAGUGAAACUAUUGAUGCAACUCCUAAGGCAAGUAGUUCUAGUGCUCCUAAACCUAAACGACCCAUUGAAGUUAUUGAUUUGGAUUCUGAUAGUGACACUGAAGAUUCAUGGCCUUUAAUAACCCCUCAGUCAAAAACUCCCAGAAUUCAGUCUGAUCCUGAUUCGCCAAUCAUCAUAGAAUCUUCUUCCAAUAAUGGACCAUUUGCAUCAACAGGAACUGGAGCAAAAGAAUGUGAUCCUUUCAAACCUUCUACAUCCAAAACGGAACUACCGUCAUUCGUUCCAGUUGAAAAGCGUGAACCUGUUACUUUAGAUAUAGAUGUUGAUAUUGAUUGUAUAAGUAACCUUCCUCCUAUUACCUAUUCUGGUCCAUCAACGGCUGUGGACACUGUUCCACUGCCAUCUGUGUCGACUACGAGUUCUGCAUUCCAAGAGACGAAAAAUGCUGUGAAAUCCAUAACAGGAGAUGGUGUUUCUACUUCUGGACAAUUAGAUUUUGACUUUUAUUCCCUUAUAAGGAAUCCAGAUGAUUCACUUGAUAAUCAUUAUAGUGAUAUAACUGAUAACGAUGAACCAGAAAUUAUUGAUCUUGACGAUGACGACGAUGACUAAAAAAAAGUCAUUUAUUGUAGCUUUUUAUAUUGAUAUGUGGAAGUGUUUUUGUGCUGAUCUUUAAUACUUUAUUACUUAUUCGUGUAUAUACUAUAUUUCAAUUUUCCUUCUUAUUCCAAUAAUUAAUUAUUAACAGAACAGCAACAUAUUUUGUUAAGAUCAAAUUUCACCGGCUUUUAAGUAUUCUCCGUGGCCAAGGGGCAGAAUUAUAUCUAUAAAUAUAUAGUGAUUAUUGUCAAAAUUAAGCUAAUAACUUAUUAGUUAAUUUAUUUUGUGCUAAAUUAAUAUAAAUAUUUUACUAAUGGAUAGUUUAUUUAGCAAAUUAAUGUUGUAAACAACUUUUAAUUGACAAAAGUUUAAAUUAUCUUUGUUAAUUAUUAUAAUCAGCGUGUUAAAUUUCUCUUCAAGCUGAUUAUUAGACUAAAUUUUUUUGACAAACUGAUGCGUAAAUAGUUGUGUUGCAAAUAUAAAUUCAAUUGAGGUGCUUUUAUUGUUCAGUUCUUUAAGAUGCAGUUUCAAACAGACUGUUUUAUAUUUUUGUGUAACAAUUUCAUUCUUAAGUAUAUAUGCAUGAUGCAAACCUGUUUACCACCUGUAAGGUGGAAAUUUUUUUUUUUUAACUUGCUGUUCUAAACAUAUCCGUAUUUGUCAGCCCAUUCUAGGUUUGCUUUUAGAAUUUUUUUAAAUACUUAAAUAACAUUUGCUGAAAUUUAUUAUUCAUUUUUUUAUAGGAUCAAUUGUAUAAUGUUAAUAUUCCUUCCUUAAGUAUUUCAUGUAAAUCUAAGUAUUUAUUGUCUUUAUAUUAUGAACAUUCGAGACAAGGAACAAUUUUGUAUAAGAGUAUUUUUUUUUAUUAUGAAGACUAAGUGUAUAUAUUUUUAAUGUCUUAUUACUUUCAUUUAAAGAACAAUUGAAAUUCAAGUAUAUACUUAUUAAUCCAAAUUAACUAGUAAGGAUAUUCGCCAGUUCGAAUUAUCUGAGAUCUUUGUUGUUAUAGAUGUAUGUUCGAUUUUUCAUCUGCCUCAAAGCUGUGCCUUCGAAUCAUCUUAUAUUAAAUCAGAAUUUCAAAAAUUUAUUUCUUUUUUUAAAUUUUUCUAAUGUGACAAGAAUAAAAAUGCAUUUGCAUGUUUUUCCAAUGCAUGUUAUUCCAAUGUUAUAUGUCAUACAUUUGCAUGUUAUUCCAAUGUUAUAUUGAUACCUAUACGAAUAGAAAUGAUCUCAUUCUAUCAUAUUGUGAGACUUAUUCUCGUUACCGACAAAUUAAAAUGCAUAAUUAAUAGAUUAGCACCUUUCAUGAUAGUUUUAUCAUAAUUCAUAUUUGCGUGAAUUGUAAAUGACUUAUUUUAAUGAUAAUAUUUUCAGAAUUAGAUAGUGGCAGAAUUCCAUGUUUUUUCCCCUGCUGAUUAGAUAUGUAUGAUUUUCGAAUUAUUUAUUUGGACAACAGUUCUGAAGGAAAUUGUGCGAAAUUCUACUUUUUAUUGAAUUUUGCUUGAUCCUCACUUACUUAAAACUAUAUAUAUAUUUAAACCAAGUAAUUACAUGAGGAAUAUUUAAAAUUCUUUUGAUUUUGAAAACAUUUUUAUUUGGACUUUUCUAAAAUUCAGAUUAGAGAAGUUAUAAUUCUGUUCUUUCUGUAUGAUUACUUAGUAUUGGUUAAGUAGCAAAUCCGGCUUCUGACAUUUCAAGUAUUGUAUGAAAGUUGACUGGCAUUUUAAAGAUUAUAAUUCACUUUGAUGGAACACUAAUGAUGAUGCAGGUGCUCCUGUAAACUGUGAAUAAAGUAAUUUUCAAUUU